AUGGCUCUCUCAGCAGCCGACCUUCAAAAAAAACACGAGCUAGAAGGAGCACCAGACCCUUUUCCUUCGUUGUCCGAAUCCACUCCAGCGAAGCCCAAGGCCCAGCAGGCUCGUCCGGAGUUGGACACCGAAUCUGAGGCUGCUUUCCCCUCUUUGGCUCCAGCUGCCCGAGCCCCAGCUGUACCCGCCCGCUCCGCUUGGAGCGCUGGUCCCCGUAUUACACCUAGUGUAAGCAAACAACCCAUCUUCGUGGACUCGUUCACUCUUUCGGCGAUCGACUUGUCCAAUGCUGGAAAAGAUGGUAAAACCGCAACGCUAGGGGAGGUUAUGAAACAGGUUAUGGCAAAGUACAAGGUUAAGCUUGAAGCCUCCGGGAACCAAAAGACUCGUCAGACGACCUUUCACAUCAAGGCAGAGUCUCAGAAGGAACUCGACAAAGCGAAACGUAGUCUCCUGGCUCUCCUCAGUCCGGUCAUUACUCUGGUGAUCAAUGCCCCAGUAUCUACUAUCGGUUCCAUCAUCGGCUCUAAAGGUGCAACCCUCAAGCAAAUACGGGACCAAACAGGCGUCAGAGUUGACAUCCCUAAGAGGGAUACGCUCACACCCAACGGGAAUGGUCAUGCAAAUGGAACUGCUUCAGGCAAGGUCACACCAUCCCAUGACGACGACGACGACGAAGAAGAACCCACGAUUCCCGUCACGUUGACCGGGCCUCAACCCUUGAUAUAUGAGGCGCAGGCGCUAUUAAAUCAAAUCAUCUCGUCGAAGACGUCCAAGUCGACACAGCGCGUCCGUGACAUCCCCGUUCACAUCCUGCCCUUCGUCGUUGCUCGAAAGGCGUACUUCUUGACUGCUGCGCAGGAUGGUGAAGUCCACCUUGCUCUGAACGCGGCAGCACGCGAGAUCACAGCAACCGGCGAUCGUGAAGCGGUCCUGCGUGUGGUAGACUUGAUCAAGUCCACCAUCGAGACCUUUAAGACUAUCCUUACUUCGGUCAAGAUCGCAUUGCCCAAACGCCAGCAUCGUCUUCUUACCGGCAUGGCUGCCGAAGAAGUGUUGACUAACAGCAAAUGUACUGUUAUCGUUGCUCCUGAAGAGGUCAUCAGUGACGAGGUCAUUGUUUGGGGUCAAAGCACCGAUCUUCCUGCAGGUCUCGGCGCCGUUAUGACACAAGCAAAUUCCAAGUAUAUCCACGAGUUCCCGCUUCCCGGUCCCUUAGCACUCGCAAGACAACUAGCAGCUUACAUGACGCGUAUUCACUACGUGGAAACUUUGAAAGCUAACCAGGAAGGCGUGGACAUAUUUCUUCCUUCUGUUAAUUCGGCUGGGCCCACACUGAGCAUUGACAUCGUUGGCGACAAGUCCGUUGUGGACGGCGCCGUGAAACAGCUUUCGGAAUUGCUUGGAAAGCUCAUUGGUGGCACGAGGGAUGUAUCCAUCGACUGGCUUCUGCAUCGAGUCAUCACUGGCAAAAAUGCUAAAAAGUUGAAACAAUUUUACGAGGCUCACAACGUUCAGGUGUAUUUCCCCACCGAAUCGUCCGAAUCGUCCCUGGUCCUCCUCGUUUAUGACCCUUUCAGCUCUUCCGCUUCUCUGAUCCCUGAUGAGAAAGAGAAGCAUCUCGACGAUGUCGAGAAAGAGAUUUUGAAAUUGGCCAAGGACGCUGCAAAUGUCAAAACUGAGGUCAUAUCGGUUGAGAAACGCUGGCAUGAGGCUGUUGUCGGCAAGGGCGGCACCACUUUGAAUGCCAUCAUCGGCGAGGACCAGACCCUUUCAAUCAAGGUAGGAAACGAGGCCGCACAACCCACAGACGAUGUCAUAUUGGUUCACGGAAUCAGCGAUGACGUGGACAGAGCUGUGAAAGAAAUUCUCAAAAUCGUCGAGGAUGCCAAGAAUGACGAAAUUGUGAACAGUUAUUCUACUGAGUUCGACGUCGACAAGGAGUAUGUGGGUCGCAUUGUCGGUGCACAGGGCGCUGGCGUCAACAAGCUUCGGGAUCAACUUGGCGUCAAAGUUGAUGUUUCUGAUGAUGUAGACGAAAAGGAAACAGGCAAAAAGAAGAAGGUUGUUCACCAAAAGUCAAGGAUUACGGGCCGCAAGGAAAACGUCGAAGAGGCCAAGAAACGAAUCCUCUCCCAGAUUGAACGUCUGGCCGAUGAGACCUCAGAGAUCCUCAAAAUUCCCUCUCAGUACCACUCUUCGCUGAUUGGUCAGAGCGGAAAGUACGCGAUCCGACUCGAAGAGAAAUACUCGGUCAAGAUAACAUUUCCUCGCCAAUCUGCCGACUUUGAAGGGAAGACCCGCGAACAACUGAAAUCUGAUGAAGUCCUUAUCAAGGGUGGCAAGAAGGGCGUCGCUGGUGCGAAGUCUGAGCUUCUCGAAGCAGUUGAAUUUGAAAAAGAGUCUAAUAACGUUCUCAAGUUUACCGUUCCAACACGCUCUGUUGCUCGCAUCCUCGGGAGAGGGGGAGCAUCUAUAAACGAAAUCAAAGACGAAACAGAUGCCCAGAUUGACAUUGACAAGGCUACCGAGGAUGGCGGGAACACGACCAACGUUACCGUCCGUGGAACAAAGGAGGCGGUAGCUGCGGCCAAGGCUGCUAUCCUUGCCAUUUCUGAACAAGUUGUGGAGGAAGCUACUGCUACCGUCGCUGUGGAGAGCAAGUUCCACCGCUCUCUCAUUGGUGCGGGAGGGCAAGGUUUGAAGGAGCUGGUCAGCCGCUGUGGUGGUCCAUCAGAUUCUAAGCUGCAAGCAGGCCUCAUUAGAUUCCCUCGCCAAGGUGAGCCGUCGGACGAGGUCCGCCUGCGAGGAGAACCCAAACUCGUUGCGAGAUUGCAAGCUGAGCUUGAAAAACUGGCUGCAAUUCUUAGGGACCGUGUUAUUCUGGCCGUCGACGUCCCCGCACCCCAGCACCGCGCUCUGAUUGGUCGAGGUGGCCAGCACUUGAAUGAUCUUCAGGCCAAAUACAAUGUUCAAGUCCAAUUUCCUGGCUCUCGCUCUUACAAUCAAGUCGGGGAGGCGGAAAACAUCGCCGACUUUGUGGACGUCGAUGCUGCUAAUCUCGUCAAGGUCUCAGGAUCUCGCUCCGCGUGUGAGGCUGCCAUUGCGCAGCUUAAGGUCAGUGUACCCCCUCGUAACCUUCAACGCCUCUCAUCUCUUCUGUCUCCUCAAAGUAUCACCAAGGAGAUUGCUGUACCCUUGAAAUAUCAUCACGUUAUAUCCCGGCAGGGUGCAGUCUUCCGAACUUUGAAGUCGUUUGGUGUUCAAGUCGAUCAAUCGAUUCAACCACAAAGAUUGGUCCUACCCUCGCGUCCACCCUCAACGGUGACCCCAUCUGCUCGCAUUGACGAUUUUGAGGGCAAUUCGGCUGCUCCAGAAAUUGAGUGGGAGGUUAUUGCAAACUACCAGGAUGCGGAGGAAGGCGACUCGAUUUGGACCCUCGGAGCUCGCGACCAGGCAGGCCUCGAGAAAGCCGAAAAGGCUAUUGCAGACUCCAUUGCGAGCGCGGAACGGAUGUCGCAUGUCGGAUUCCUUACUUUGCCAGAUAGGUCAUCGUUCCCCCGUAUUGUCGGCUCAAAGGGUGCAAAUGUUGCUCGUCUUAGGAAUGAGACGGGCGCUGACAUCACUGUCAGCCGCGAAAACAAUACAAUUGUCAUCAUCGGUUAG